CACCGAUCAUGGAAAGAGCCGAAGAUGUCAGCUUGGUCAUGUGAUCAGCUGUGUCCAAUCACAGCUGAUCACAUCUCGAGAGGAGAGGAGAGCCGGCUUUCCAGCGGAGGGGAAGCGCUGAUGAUCAGUGUGCCCCAGUGUAGCCCUAGCAGUGCCACCUGUCAGUGUCCAUCAAUGCCUUAUGUCAGUGCUCAUCAGUGCCUCGUGCCAGUGCCCAUCAGUGCCACAUCAAUGCCACAUAUCAGUGCCUACCAGUGCACAUCAAUGCCACAUAUCAGUGCCCAUCUGAGCUGCCUUUCAGUGUCACCCAUCAGUGCCAGUCAGUGCCGCCUAUCAGUGCUGCCUAUCAGUGCCAUAUAUCAGUGCCAUGUAUCAGUGCUGCCUUUCAGAGCCCAUCAGUGA